AUGGUUGCAGAGCAAGCGCGCGAUGCGUCCGUCAGGCAUUCGGUCCUUCUCCGACUUGGGGAGCACUACGAUUUCCAGGCUGCCCAGCGCAUCGCCAUUAGCAACAUUUUUGAGCAGAGCAUGAAGGACCCAACUAAAUUGAUUGCUGUGUCUUGGGACAAAAUGGACCAAUUGAAAACGAUUGUACCCCGCGUGCAGGCUUUGAGCCACACGUCGUUCCAAAAACAAGGUGCCCGCAUUGUUGUCGCAUUAUUUGGGGUGCACGCGCCGUGCCUCUGGAAAAGACCAUUAUUUUACACCGUGUUCAAAGACCGGGAGCAGGGUUCCGACAUGGUCGUAGGCAUUCUAUGGGACGUUCUGCUGGAAGCGGCGCGGUCCCAAGGCGUUCUACCCCGCCGCUUCUUCAUCCAGGCGGACAACACUGCAAAGGAAACCAAAAACACUAUCGUUCUUGGUGCAGCAGUGUGGGUCUUGGCGCAGUUACAAUACACGUGCUUGACUUCGAUCGAGUUUGGAUUUUUGAUCGUUGGCCACACGCACGACAUAGUGGAUGCAAUAUUUGCUUACGUGGGGGCUGCUUUGCGCGGGCGCGACAUUUUAUCGGUUCCCCAGAUGUUCACUGCGCUGGAGGCGCACAUGAAGAACCCGCCCAUGUGGAAGCACCUGCGGGACGUUUUCGCCUUCAGGGACGAGCAACCGUCGUUCCUCUCGUCGGAUACUGUGAAAGGCGUCGCGAGCCCCCACCAUAUCCGGCUUUUCUGGUCUACAGACGGGAGUAUUUCCGUGCAGUCAAAGAAGUGGAUGACAUCACUGGAUUGGUCUGACCCUUUUGUGAUUGCCGAUCCCAGUCAAGUUCGCGAGCUACAGGGAACGUGGCCUUCGUUGACACAUCCUGAGUGGUCCGAGUCGGACGUGUCCUCGGGAUUGGAAUGGUUGCGCAAGCUUCGCGCGUUGCUCGAAGCUGGUGGGCCUUGCAAGUACAAAUUGGGCCGUACUGGAGAAUGGGGCGCGUCUUCUGGGGGGGGGGCAUCCCUGCGCGACAGAUGGCGCGCGCCUAUCGGGGCCAUGCUUGUUUGA